GUCACCUGCAAUCCUCAUCCUGCGGUAUCUCUCAUCUGGAGGGAGAUGUCACCUUGAUCUAAUCGGAACAAUUUAGUCUAGUUGAAGGGGAAGAGCCAGCACUUACUAAGUGAUGACUAAGGAAGGCCGGGGCCUAUGCUUGGUGUUAUACACAUUUACAAGCAACAAUAUUUUUGGGCAAUCUAAAAAUUAUUUAUGCAACAAGCAAUCGCCUCUGGAGGGAAAUGGAACACAGUACCCUCUCUUGUUUUGGGCCAAGUGUGGACUAAAGCAGCUAAUAUUAACAAAUACUGAGAUGUUUAAAAGUGAUUACUAAAAAACCAGAAAUUCUUAACAGAAAUUGUUGAAAACCCAAGGAACAUUAAAGAAAGAUAAAUUGGACAGGAAAUAAACUGGUAUUUUCUGGCUCCUUUUCAUAACAAGAGUGAUAGGGUCAACUAAGUUAUAACAAGAGGGAAUGAAUUUGAUCAUCCCCACCCCACGCAUAUAGAGAGAAGAAGUCUCUAUUCUUAAUCUAGAAACUCUUAAAAGGAGCUGCCACCCCGCACCUUUCCAGAUUGUUGGACAGGGCUCUCUUUUUCCAGGUUUAUACCCACAAAUUGUGAUGUUCAAACACCCUCACCCUCAUUUUUUACACUUUUAGCCAAGAGAUGAAUGCAAACAGCCACUCAGGUUUGAGACCAGUCUUCUUGAGAAACCAUUUCUACACAAGCCCUAAGUGAAGAGAAGAAACUCAAUCGAAGUCUACCUACUGCUUUCCAGUUUUUCUACUUCUGAUUUUUUAUGUCAACAGUAAACAAUUUAAAAUGAUUAACAUGGAGUCCUUGGAAUCCUGCAGCCAUGUGAACAGUUAAGAAAGAAAAUUUUAAAGGACUAUUAGCUUACCUGGAACCAAACCAUGGCUAACCUGCAGGGUAUUUGCUAUUUUUGGCCUGUUUAUAAAUUUCAGGUACUUCCGUGAACAAAGAAAGGAUGGUAAAUCUGUCUCAAUCAGCCAUAAACACAUUUAAUUCCAAGUAUUAGAACUGUGUCAAUAACAAUUGUGUAUGGGUCCUGGGAGGACAAAAGCCACGGAGAGGUAAUGUCCACUCCUCAGAGAGUUUCAGAGAGAUGGAGUGGGGAGGUGGCCUGUUGGAGUUGGCUGUCAAGGCUAAGGUCUGGGGAGGUGGUAGGCAGUUGCGUCGUGUCCUGUUUCAAGACAAGGCUCUGAAACUCCCAUAGAACAAAUCACUGAAAAUGCAAACACCAAGCAUCACAGUCCAGAAGGUGCCACAUUUUGCGCUGCUACAUGUAUGCCACACUGUACGUGGGCCACAGGGGGACUCUGCCUUGGAAACAAAGCAACAGUAAAGAGUGCUCAAUUCAAUUGGUGAAUAUUGAUGGAAGGAGGCGGUUUCGAAUUCCUCUCGCUGAUUUGAAAGCCACUUGUAACACUUCCCCAGCAAGAGCAAACAAUAAAACACUGAGAAGUACAAAGGUAAUACUUCCUUCACAAGUCAAGAUAGCAAGGAAGGCGUCUGGUACAGAGAAGAAGAACUGCCUUUACAAUGAUAGGGCAGUUUAUGCCAAGAGAGUGAUGGACCUAAGCAUGACCUAUCAGAUUUUGCUUAAAGAAGAGGAGAGGUUCUCCUCUCUCCUUAAAUCUAUGUUAGUCACUGAAGAAGAAGAAUAAAAGGUAGUAAUAUAUUAAAAGCUGGUGAAUGCGGUUGUCCACAAAACUUUUUAAUAAGUAAGUGAAGGCCAAUUUGUGUCUAGCCACAAAUGUACAUAACAAGUGAAGGUUUACUGGCAACUGUUAAUUUUUCAGAA